AGUAUAUUACGUGUCGUUCACUCUAAUUUAAAACUAUGUCUGGUCGCGGUAAAGGAGGCAAAGUAAAGGGAAAGUCAAAGACUCGUUCAAGUCGUGCUGGUCUCCAGUUCCCAGUGGGUCGUAUUCAUCGUAUGUUGCGCAAAGGCAACUACGCAGAACGUGUUGGAGCUGGUGCUCCAGUGUACUUGGCAGCUGUCAUGGAAUACCUUGCUGCUGAAGUACUCGAGUUAGCAGGUAACGCUGCUCGUGACAACAAGAAGACUCGUAUCAUCCCACGUCAUCUCCAGCUGGCCAUCCGUAACGAUGAAGAGUUGAACAAACUUCUUUCUGGAGUUACCAUUGCUCAAGGUGGAGUUCUGCCCAACAUCCAAGCUGUCUUAUUGCCCAAGAAGACCGAAAAAAGCAGUUCCUAAAUUACUAUCCACUUUCCUAAUAAACAAAACGGCCCUUCUCAGGGCCACCAAAUUUUUCAAAACGUUAAAAACUUUCUUGUUCACGAAUGAGGCGUCCAGCUUCAAUGUCAGACAAUUCUCUAGUUUUGAGGUGAUCACAAAAACUUUAUCAGCUUGCAAUAAGUAAUCUUUUCUUAUUUGAGACGUGUGGUUGAGUAUUUUAUACAAUAGUUAUGGCACCAUUCUGAUUUAUUAUUUUUCAAAAUCGAUUUUUUUUUUACAAUGCUAGAAAGUCUAUGUAAAUUAAUCCGAGCAGUUCAAUUAUCUUAUUCUGUGACUUGUACGUCGCUACAUUUACGUUCAAGCAUACAAAUGUGUAAUAUAUGAUAAUUUUGAGUUAAGAAAAUUGAUCAUAAAAUUAUUGAAAUGUUGAAAGUACUAUUUAGCAUCGAACUAAAAUUAAUAUGGUUACUGAUUAAUGAGGUGUAAAUGUUAAGCUUUAUUUGUUGCACAUAAAAAAAUUAAUGAUAAGUUUUAUUCGGAUUUUUAAUUCAUUUUUAUUGUUUGAACAAUAACCUCGCAUCACAGAAAGUAAUUUAUAGAGGUGAGUAGUUCCGGGAACAUUCCGGAUUAAACCUGGAACGUUUCCGGAGCGAAAAGGAACUAGUUCCUGGAAUCGUAUCCGUGGAACUAUUUAAUGUUUGUAAUUCUCAUUUCAGUAUACACAACAUUAUGCUAUGCGACCUAUGUGUUUGAGACGCAUUCACGGCGAACUAUAUUAUUGCACACCUCAAGCGCGAAAGCACUGAGGGUGCUUUAUGAUCGCUCUAAAUUUUUUAUACUAAAUAGAGAAUGAAUUAUGAUUGGUAUGCAACUCAAAAUUCUAUAAAAAAUCACCAAUCAAAAAUUAUUCUGCUGCUUCACUGCUUGUUGGUAAUGAUAGCAAUGGCGGACAGAAAAGAACUAGUGAGUAUACUAAAGUGAAUUUUGAAGAACGAUCGGAUACGUAUCCGACAAAAGACAUAAUUCAUGGAACUAUACAUGACCGAA